UGUGACAGCGCUGCAGCUAUGAGUGGAAUUUUAAAGAGGAAGUUUGAAGAAAUUGACGGCUCCUCACCCUGCUCCUCUGUGCGGGAAUCAGAUGAUGAAGUUUCCAGCAGUGAAAGUGCUGACAGUGGGGACAGUGUCAAUCCAUCCACUUCUAAUCAUUUUCCCCCUUCCUCCAUUCUCAAAAGGGAGAAGCGGCUGAGGACGAAGAAUGUGCAUUUUAGUUGUGUCACCGUGUACUACUUUACCCGGAGGCAAGGCUUCACCAGCGUGCCCAGUCAAGGGGGCAGCACCCUGGGCAUGUCCAGCCGCCAUAACAGCGUGCGCCAGUACACUCUUGGCGAAUUUGCGAGAGAGCAGGAGAGGCUCCACCGGGAGAUGUUGAGAGAACACCUCAGGGAGGAAAAACUGAACUCUUUAAAACUAAAGAUGACUAAGAACGGCACGGUGGAAUCUGAAGAAGCUAGCACUCUUACAGUGGACGACAUUUCUGAUGAUGAUAUUGAUUUAGACAACACAGAGGUAGACGAGUACUUCUUUCUACAACCCCUGCCAACCAAAAAACGGAGGGCACUGCUGCGGGCCUCUGGAGUGAAAAAGAUUGAUGUGGAAGAAAAGCAUGAGCUGCGAGCCAUCCGCCUAUCGCGAGAGGACUGUGGCUGUGACUGCCGAGUGUUCUGUGAUCCAGAAACAUGUACCUGCAGCCUGGCAGGCAUUAAGUGUCAGGUGGAUCGAAUGUCUUUCCCAUGUGGCUGCACUAAAGAAGGAUGUAGUAACACAGCAGGUAGAAUUGAAUUUAAUCCUAUCCGUGUCCGGACUCACUUUUUGCACACAAUAAUGAAACUUGAACUGGAGAAAAACCGAGAGCAGCAAAUCCCCACACUGAACGGCUGCCACAGUGAGAUAAGUGCUCACAGUAGUUCCAUGGGCCCUGUCGCUCACUCCGUAGAAUAUUCUAUCGCAGACAAUUUUGAGAUUGAAACUGAACCCCAGGCUGCUGUGCUGCACCUGCAGUCUGCUGAGGAAUUAGAUUGCCAAGGAGAGGAGGAGGAGGAGGAGGAGGAUGGGAGCAGUUUCUGCAGCGGAGUCACUGAUUCUAGUACACAAAGCUUGGCACCUAGCGAGUCCGAUGAGGAGGAGGAAGAGGAAGAGGAAGAGGAGGAGGAGGAAGAGGAUGAUGAUGAUGAGAAAGGGGACAGCUUCGUGGAAGGUUUGGGUACCCACGCUGAAGUUGUUCCUCUUCCUUCCGUCCUUUGUUAUUCGGACGGCACUGCCGUUCACGAAAGCCACACAAAAAAUGCUUCUUUUUAUGCCAACUCUUCAACUCUGUAUUACCAAAUAGAUAGCCACAUUCCAGGAACUCCUAACCAGAUCUCUGAGAACUAUUCUGAAAGAGAUACUGUCAAAAACGGUACCCUCUCGCUGGUGCCUUACACCAUGACCCCGGAGCAGUUCGUUGACUAUGCCCGACAAGCAGAAGCCUACGGCACCUCCCACUACCCAGCUGCCAACCCCUCGGUCAUAGUUUGCUGCUCCUCUUCAGAAAAUGACAGCGGUGUGCCCUGCAAUAGCCUAUAUGCCGAACACAGGUCCAGUCAUCCUCAAGUGGAAUUUCACUCAUACUUGAAAGGCCCCUCCCAGGAAGGGUUUGUCUCUACAUUGAAUGGUGACAGUCACAUUUCAGAGCAUCCUGCUGAAAAUACUUUGAGCCUUGCAGAAAAGAGCAGAUUGCACGAAGAGUGCAUCAAAUCACCCGUGGUUGAGACCGUCCCUGUUUAGUAGCUUAAGUUAUUCUAGGACCAACUCUUCUCCUAUUUAAAGCUCUGUAUUUAAUUGGAUUUCCUGGGCUCAUGGUGGUUUAAACUGAGGACCAAGAAAACUUGGACUGUGGUGAAUCUUCCAGACUGUAUUUUGUUUUCUCCUUUUUAGCUACGUGACUGUGGCAUUGCACAAAUACAGUCUCUCUGCGGAUUUUAAAAGAUUUCAGACUGUUUUGAUAGAAAAUGCUAAUUUUAAAAAAGCAUAUCUCACAGUUGCCUACCUGUCAAACUGUGUGAAACCUGCCAAGCUGUGUAGAUCAGAGCUCCAAGUUUUGGAUUAUCGGGCCUGUGCAAGAUUGUUAACUAAGACUGGGAAAUAAGAUUUAGAGUCCUAAUUUUCGAUAUAUCUGAAGAUGAUGGUGACUUUUUAAUGUAAAAGUAAUUAUUGUAAGAAAAAGAUUUAAUCGUUUCAUGUGUAUUUUAUUUAUGGUAGUUAGAAGUCACGUUUUGAUGAAAAUGAACAGCAGCAUGUUCUUUUAAGCUGAAGAUGCAUAGUUAGAUACCACCGAGCAUGCCCACAUGGAUUGCAUCUGAAAUCCAUUCACGUUUUUAUGAUCAUGACUGAUCAGAUUUGCAAAUACUUUCUUAAGGGUGAAAUAGGCCUAUUUUUGCUAUUUUGGACAAAUAAAUGAGUCUAUAUGUGCAGGUCCUUACACAGUUUUCUCUAAAGUUAAGAGUUAGGACAAUCCUCUGGUGAGGGUCGAGUUCAUUGCCCUCCCUCAGUUGACUCCAGAGAUGGAGGUAGAAGGAAUUGCCUUUCUUUUUUAAACAGCAGCAUCUUGGU